UGUUGUGAUAAACUUAUUAAAUAGAUUUCGCAUUGCAUGGGUAAGAGCUUAUGAGUACGAUUGUGUGAAACACUUGUGAAAGGAAUAAAUCGUUCAUUAGACCGAUCGUUAUGGCAGUGGAAAAUGUGGAAGCUGAAGUGACAGAGGAGGAGGUGGCGCGCGAGCGAAAGGAGGCGGAGGAUUUUCUGAGAGAGCUGGAGGUCAAGCUGAAGGCCAAGCAGGAGAUGCGAGAGAAGAAUCUCAAUGCCUCAAAGAACUGGCCGGACGAGGAGUUCUUUGGUGAGUUGGACUCGGGGCUGAAGCGGAACAGUGCUUUUGUGAAGAGACUGAAGAUGCUCCCACCGAUGGAAUCGACGACGACUGCAGAAGGAGGCGGGGGCAGGGAGGCGCUUUUGGGCGAGAUGGGGCAGUUGAAUCUUGUCAAGUAUAUUGACGAAGUGGCCACUGCACUUGCUGUGGAUAGAAAGUUUAAAAUGACAGACAUUGGCUUCAUAGUGGAGGUUUGUUCUGCCAUCCACCAGAGAUACAACACGUUUCAGUCUAGCUUCACCUCCCUCCUCAAGAAACAGUUCGACUCCAAAGCAGCCAGCAAAGAUGACAAGUCUGCAUUUUCGUCCUCGUUGGCUUCUAAGUCUGCUGCUAGACUCAGAAUCGACGCCAGGUUCCUUGCCGAAAUUACAUCUGCGGGAAUUCUGAGCGAGAAAGACGGACUGAAUGUGCUGAGUUCUUUUCUAACGAACAUUCUGUCGGCAGAGAACAGUCAAGCAUCGACGGAUGUGAUUUCGUUCGCAAUCUCUUUCGUGACUUUCUCGGGAGAGGACUUUGUGGGCAUUGUGCCAAAACAGACGAAACGAUACGAGGAGAAAUUCAAAGACAUGAAGUUCCCACUGUGCACUGUGUUCUCUGCCCAGACGCACCAGGUAUUCCGAAAGAUACUGGCCGAGUUCUACUGUCGUGUGAAGGCGGAGUUCGAGAGGAAGGAGCAGUCUGUGAUCGACAUCCUUAAGAGGAACUACAGCAUUCUCUCGAACAAGGGUGAGUUGCACAGUGAGAAGAGUGAGCAGUACGAGAGUGAGCUGGGAGUGCUGGAGAAACUGCAGCAGAGUAUGAGUCAGCUGGCAGACACUCUCAACUGCAGUCCAGACCAAAUACCCAUUCUGCAAGUCAGACAAGUUGAGAAGCAACUGGAAGAUGAACUCGGCGGCAUAGACGGCUGUGGAGUGGUGGUUGAGAAGUUCUCUGAGGGAACAGGAGGGGGAAGUUUGGAGGGGGAGGAGAGUGAGUUCGACUAUGACAGAAGCAAGUGGCCGGAUGCAGACACCAGGGACUUCUACCAGACAUUCCCAGACAUUGUGCCUAUGUUGCCAGCGGCUCUGAUCAGAGCUGAGUCUUUGUUGUCGAAAACACAAAAUGAAGAGGAGAGCGAGGAACUAACAGAAGAAUCGACGAAAGAAGAGUCGGAAACGAAAGAAGAGUCGGAAACGAAAGAAGAGUCGGAAACGAAAGAAGAGUCAGAGACGAAAGAAGAUGAAGAAAAGGAUGAUUCAUUAGAAGUAGAUACUUCCGGAGAAGACAAGGAGACUGAAGGAAUCGAAGAAGAGUCCUCAUCGGAACAAAAGAGUUCCCCAACUGAAGAAGGGAAAAAUGAUUCCACUGCUAUACAGUGUCAACAGAAGGCUAAGAAGACUCUUGGAACCAAAGGGUCUGCCUCGGAUGCUCUGGAAGAUGCACUGGCCGAUAUUGGGUACCAGGAUUUGGAGGAUGAACUUGCUAGUGAUAUGAGCAAGACAUCAAUCUCGACCAAAGACAUUGCAUCUUCUGGGUCUGGUGGUGGCUCUUCCAACACCAGUCUGGCUCAGAUCCAAUUUGAGAAACUUCUCUCAAGGCUUCCCGAGUGCAUCAACCGGGAGCAUAUAGACCAGGUCAGCAUCCAGUUCGCCACCGCCCAAGGGCUGAACACCCAGGUCAACAGGGCUAAACUGGCCAGGAGUAUGUUCAUGGUGUCCAGAAACAGACUGGAUCUGCUUCCGUUCUACAGUAGAAUGGUGGCCACUAUCUACCCCUGUGCACCCGAAGUGGCCAACCAGCUGUGCAACGACCUCUACCGCGAGUUCAGAUUGUGGAUUCUGAAGAAAGAUCAGAUCAAGCUGGAGUCUAAAAUAAAAACAGUGAGCUUCAUGGGGGAGCUGACCAAGUUCGGAGUGUACAAGGCAGAAAUGACUCUGAGAGUGUUGAAGCAGUUGCUGAAGACAUUUGUACACCACCAAAUAGAUAUGACAUGUGCACUACUUGAGUCUGCAGGGAGAUUCCUCUACAGAACUCCAGCCUCGCACCGACUCACUAAGAUACUACUGGACGAGAUGAUGCGGAAGCGGUCGCUGGCCAACCUGGACCCCAGACAGAGUGCGAUGGUAGAGAAUGCGUACUACUGCAGCAACCCACCCCCUCUGUCCUCACUCGUCAAUGUGCAGAGGGAACGACUCCCUGUCAUGCUAGCUUACAUUGACCACCUGAUCACUAAAGAGCUCAACAAAAACACAGUCGACAAGGUGUUGCACCAGGUACGCAAACUGCACUGGGAAGACAGUGCUACCGUGGACUUCAUCAGGGACACGUUCACAGCUGUGUGGAGGGUGAAGUUCUCCAACAUACAGUACGUGGCCAGUGUCCUCGCAGGACUCCUCAAGUACCAUGACGACAUCGUCGUCCAUGUCAUCGACAAUGUCCUGGAAGACAUACGUGUCGGAAUGGAGGUGCAACUGUCCAAAUUCAACCAGCGUAGAGUGAGUGUAAUCAAGUAUCUGGGGGAACUGUAUAACUACAAACUAUUGGACUCAUCCGUCAUUUUCAACGUCCUCUUUUCCCUCAUCACAUUUGGUGGGGGAGGAGGGGGAGGCGCCUAUUCGCCCCUGGAUCCAGGUCACCACUUGUUUCGAGUGAGAUUGGUGUGUACUCUGUUGGAUACAUGUGGUCAGUUUUUCAACGGAGGAAGUGCAAAGAAGAAACUGGAUUGUUUCCUUGUAUACUUCCAGCGUUAUCUUUGCGUCAAGCGUGAGUGGUUCAAAGAGCAAUCUCCAGAUGCCCAGAAACUAGAAUCUCAGGUACCGGAAAGCCCCACUUCCGAAGAGAAAUCGGGCGACACUAAACGUGAAAAACAGAUGGCCACUCUGGUAGACGCAAUGAGGAAUUCGGCCAAGGAGGGCGGGGGGCUGCCGACUGACGUUGAAUACAUGGUGUCGGACACGAUGGAACAGCUGAGGCCCGAGUUGAAGUUGGUUUAUAAUCUGAAGGAAGCUCAAGAAUCAGUGGAAAAAUUAGAAAAGGAACUCAGAGACAGUUACUUAUCACAAUUACCUGAAGAUGUACGCGAGUCAUUCGAUGCAAACAACUUGCAACAGCAGCAUCAGAUGACAUAUGCCAACUCCACCCAAUUGCCAACACAAACUGAGGCCUCUCACGACUUGUACGCCAUCAAUGAACAGGACGAGAACAGUUUCGAGCUAGACAACGAGCAAGAGCUAGCUCCUCAGGCCAGAACAGUGGACGAGGGCUACAGUCCGAACAGUGCGGAAGCCAGUCCACUAAUGCCACACAAAACACUGGAAUCCAACACACAACAGCAGGUGUCCCAGAUGGAGGAGGAGCCGGAUGAUUUUGCAGAUGAGUUCGAGAAGUUCCUCACGGAGAACAUACAGCAAAGAACAGCCGAGUCUGUUCGCAACGUGACCCCAACAGAUAUUGCUUUGCCUCUCGCUGCCAGAAAGCAGCUGUACAACCCAGCAGAGCCGAGUCAAAGUAUUCUCAACAGCAGUUCCGACGCAUUAUUCCCAACAUCAACCGGGGAUGCCAGUAGUGGCAAUUCUGCAAUUCAUUCUCAAGGUACUUCGGAUAUUUCGACCGAAGAUGCUUCGGCUAGCAGUGGCGGCGGAGGCAGUAUUUCGAUCAUGCUUAAGAAGGGCAACAAGGUUCAAGUGAAAGAUCUGAAUGUGCCGAUCACAGAUGAAAUGGCAGAAAACAUCAGACAACAGAAAAUUACAGAAGACAAUGAGCGCAAGAAGUUGAUAGAGAUGACGCUGAACAUCAACAAACGCCAGCAGGAGGAGGAACAGCUAGAAAUGAUAAGCAGUAUCCAGAAAUCUCUAGUGGAGGGAGGAGGGGCCAAAUAUGAUAAGAAACAAUCGGUUAUGGUACAGGGAUACCAGCACACGAAGGGAGCUCCUAACGUCACCCAUAUCUUCCAGAAGUAGAAGUCUCUCUGGCGUGCGCGUUGGCAAACCAUCACGCACUGAUGAAGUCAUUCAUGGUUAUAGCAGCCUAAUAUCAAGGCUGGAAAACCAAACGAAAUUCAGAUAGUAGACGACAGCUGCUGUUACAGUAGACCCGGUUACGGACGAGAUUUGUCGAAGUCGUUUCUUGUCAUUACUUCGAAAUUUGCCUGAGGAGGCAGUGAUUUGAGGAGAGAAUUUGAUCUACAAAAACUGCAUAAAACAUAAUUUACUCUUAUGAUUGCAAUCAGUUCAGUUACAAAAUUUUUCUUUCUUUUUCAUAAUAAAGUAUCAUAAUCAAGUA